GAUGCCCGAAGAUGGAGUACCUGAUAUGACAAGACUCACUAUUCUAGAUGAAGAACUCAUUAACAGAAAUCUCAGAGUGAGAUAUGAACAUGACAAAAUAUACACGUAUACCGGCACAAUUCUUGUAGCAGUUAACCCUUACAAGGACAUUGACAUCUACACUCAAAAAUACGUCAACAAAUAUCGAGGUAGGAAACUUCGAGGCCUCGAACCUCAUGUAUUUGCACUAGCUGAAGCGGCUUAUACCUCACUUCAAGCUGACAUUCCUGGAAAAGAAUGCAACAACCAGAGCCUUGUCAUAAGUGGAGAAAGUGGUGCUGGAAAAACUGAAACCACCAGAUUCAUCUUACAAUAUCUUUGUUCAGUAACGAGUGGUGUAUCGACUUGGGUGGAACAGCAAAUAUUAGAGGCCAAUACUAUUUUGGAAGCUUUUGGUAAUGCAAAAACGGUCAGGAAUGAUAACUCCAGUAGAUUUGGAAAAUUUAUGCAAGUGUGUUUUGAUUCAAGAUGGAUGAUUGCAGGAUGUAUCAUUCAAGACUAUUUAUUGGAACAAUCUAGGAUUACAUUUCAAGGAACAGGAGAGAGAAAUUAUCAUGUUUUUUAUCAGUUGGUUGAGGAAGCAAAA